UUGUGUUUAAAUAUGUUAAAUACUGGUUUGUUAAUUUUGACAAAUCCUAGUAGGAUUACGACGUUAUUACCAGUUAUUAAUAAACAUGUUUUAAAAACAUUAUAUAUUCAGUAUUUGCCAGAAAAACAUUUGGUUACACCAGAAAAUCAUUCCAUUAUAUUACCGAAAUUAUCUUAUUAUGCUCAAAUCGUUGCCAAUAUUUAUAAAGUUGCUUCCAAUAAUUGUUCUAGACUAGAUAUACGAAUCUUAUUAACACAUAUAAAAAAUCCUGCUUUUACCAUUAUAAAUACAAAAAGUCCAGUGGAAAUAAUAAUUUUUGAUCAGAUUUAUAAUACAAAGAUAGUUGACACUUUUAUACAAGAUUGCCUUGCUAAUAGAUCAGAAGGUUGCAGUUAUAUUACACUUGAUAGUGAACAAAAUGAUGAAAAAUGUAGUAAUAUUGAUGAAUAUAGUACAAAAGAUUCACAAACAUACAAAAAUGUUGUUUUGGGUGGCACGUUCGAUCGUCUACAUAACGGACAUAAAAUUUUUUUAAGUGAAGCUGUUUUGUAUUGUAAAGAAAAACUUACAGUUGGUAUAACAGAUACAAACAUGCUAACUGGAAAAUUGCUUUGGGAAUUAAUAGAACCAUGCUCUAAAAGAAUAACAGAUGUUAAAGAUUUUUUAGAAGAUGUGGAUUCAUCAUUAACAUAUGAUAUUGUUCCUAUUAAUGAUAUGUAUGGUCCAACUAAAGAUGAUCCUACAUUUGAAAUGUUAGUAGUCAGUGAAGAAACAAAACGAGGAGGAGAUAAAGUUAAUUCUUUGCGAUUAGAGAAAAAUUUGAAUAAAUUGGUUAUUCAUGAAGUAAAAUUAUUAGUUGAUGAAAAUCAUGGAGAAUAUGAAGAAAGCAAAAUUAGUUCUAGUAAUCAAAGAAUGCGAUUACUUGGCAAAAGAUUAGGAAAACCUAUAAACAAAGAUAAACCACUUAAACCUUAUAUUAUUGGAUUAAUUGGUGGUAUAGCAAGUGGUAAAUCAUCAGUGAUAGAAAAAGUACAAAAAUAUAAUGCUGGAUUUGUAAAUUGUGAUAAAAUUGCACAUGACUUGUAUCUUCCUGGAAAAGAAUGUUAUCAAGCUAUAAUUACACAUUUUGGUACAGGCGUACUUGAUGCAGAUGGUUUUAUUAAUAGAAAAGCUCUUAGUAAUAUUGUAUUUAAUGAUAAGGAACAAUUAAAUAAACUAAAUAAAUUAAUGUGGCCUUUAAUUCUUGAAGAGGCUAAAAAGAAGAUUCAUGAACUAUAUAUAGAAGGAUAUAAUAUUAUUUUUAUGGAGGCAGCAGUUUUAAUACAAGCUAAUUGGCAGAAUGAAUGUCAUGAAAUAUGGGCUUGCAUAAUUCCACCAGAAGAGGCUAUUAAAAGAAUCAUGAAAAGAAAUGUUUUGUCAGAGGAUGAAGCAAAAAAAAGAAUAGAAAUGCAAACAAAUAACAUAGAUCAAAUUAGAGAAGCUAAUGUUAUUAUAUGCACAUUGUGGGAUCAUGAUUUCACACAAAAGCAAGUACAAAAUGCAUGGGAUGAAUUGAAGACUUAUUUAUCACAACAAUCAGCUGAUUAAAAUAAUAAUGUUUUUAAAAUCAAUUAAUAUAAUGAUAUACAAAAAGGGAGAUGUGUAUGGUUAAUUUUAGUUUAUAAACUUAGUGUUUUUUUUUUUUUUUUUUAUAUAGAUUCUUUAUAUGCUGGAAGUAAAAUAUAAUAUUGUUAUAGAUUUUUGU